AUUCAAAAGAUAACACUAACAGUUCCUCUGCUGCUCUUUUUGCAAGAACGUAAAACUUCAAAUUUAGUAUUAAACGGCAAACAUUCUCAUGCCAAAGCUUUGAGUAUUGAAGAAGAGCAAUUUAUGCGAGUAUUUUACGAUAACAAACUUCAAGAAGUAUGCAACAAUUUUCAUUUUCCUCAUAAAAUCCAGGCAACAGCUCUUAUAUAUUUUAAAAUAUUCUAUCUACAAUGGUCUGUGAUGCAACAUAAUCCCAAAUAUGUGAUGUUAACCUGCAUUUAUGCAGCUUGUAAGAUCGAAGAAAAUCACGUCUCAGCUGAGGAGCUUGGUAAGGGAAUUUCACAGGAUCAUCAAAUUAUUCUCAAUUAUGAGAUGAUAGUAUACUACUGUCUGGAAUUUGGUCUUAUUGUUUAUGCACCUUACCGAUCAGUUAAAGGCUACGUAAACGACAUGGAGAAACUAUUCCAUGAGAACACUGAAAUGCUUCAAAUGCUGAAGGAAACAGCAAUGUCAGAGGUUGAUAAUAUUAUGUUAACAGAUGCCCCACUCCUCUUCCCCCCUGGGCAGGUCAACAGACAUGCCUUCCCAUCAGAAAAGGAUUUAAAGCACAUCAACAGAAAAUUAAAAUCUUGCUGGGGACUGGGCUCCAAUGACAAGAGUGAAAAAGGGAGAAGAAAUCAAAGCACAAAUCAAAGAAGAGUUCGAAUGAAACGCAAAAUAUACCUUCGCACAAUUAGCUGUGUGUGUCCUAAAGGGGAUCGGCAUAUUAUUUGGAUUUGUUGCCUAUGCCACAGCAUGUUUACAAAUCUGGAUCCUCGGUGUAUAAUUAGGAACAUUGCUGCUGGGCAGGUACUCUUAUCUUAGCCACCUUUGCUUCUGCUGACAGUCGUUUGCUUUCAAUCAGGUAACUCAACCUCGGCAGGGUAUGGAGUUCUCAUGCAUGAAACCAACAUCCUUGAGCCGCGUUCAACAUGAAAAUACGGAAAAGGAAAACAUCUUAUCAAGCACGGAUAAAAUUUGUCCCCUCUUUGGUACUCAAUUCUCUGAUUUUAUUCUUUUCUUCAGUCAGCAAUAUUUGUGGUCAGUGUGACCAAGAAAUUUCUGCCAAGUAAUGAUAACAUUGGGACAAAAUUUUGAAUUUCAGGCUUAUUCUGUC